AUGGCAAUGCUCACUGACGAUGCCGGCGAUGCGUCUGGGAAUGUCCCAUGUCCACGUUACGAUUCUGGAAAUUAUCAUGCAUAUUAUGGACUCAGGAUUAGUGACUCGUUCAGUCGAUCAGGCAUUGAUAAUCUUUUUGACGUCACCCAGGAACAAAUUGCAUCUUUGCGCGAUACACAAGUGGAGACUUUUACGCCGCCAACAUCCAAAGCCUCUGAUACAAUCCCUUCUGAUAACCCUCAGCUAACGAAACUUGAGCCAAGUGCAACAGAAGAUGGAUCAUCCAGGCCAUCAGUGGCCACCUCCUCUGAGACACCUUCCGUUGGGGCCUCUGCCAAAAAUCCCGAAGAGAUCACAGAGAUUGCGCCAACAGCCCAUGAGGCGACACUCGCCACAUUCCCACCUAAAGCGAGUCCUGCUGAAGUACGAGCUUUUGUGCUUCCGCAGCUUAUUCGAUUCUUGUCGUCUGAUGAACACCUACAUUCGGCCGGGGAGCCACAACCUAGUUCACUAGUUGCUAUUCUUUCCGGCCUUGCUACCACGCCAAAGACAGUGCUACUUACUAUUCCUCUGCCCAUCAUAACUGUAAGUUAA